AUAAGGAGAGUUAAAAGAAAUAGUGGCACACAAUGAACAAGCAAACCGCGGGAAUAUCAGAGGUGUUAUCAGCGCGUUUCUCUGAUUCUGAAAGGAGUAACCUAAAACAACGCGCUCUCAUGAUUUAAUUCGCAUGCCAGCCUAUGCUGUGCUGUGUAAGGAUGGAUAGGUUGCGUCUGUGGAUUAUUUUUUAAAACCGGCUCUGGUGCAAUCUUAUGCAAUGCAAACGUUAAACAAUCUAACAACCAUUGAUCAUGCGUGAUACGGCACGGCAACUGCUCAGGUAUGGGAAAUGCGCUCGAUGUGAUAAUUUGUUUUCUAUUUGAUUUUCAAGAUCUGCGGACAUCGGCGCAGUGCUUGUGUAAUAAACCCUUACUACCAGUAGGGGUAGAAAGGAAAUGCAUGGAACAAUGCGGGUUAUAACUGUCACAACCUUUUUCCCAGUAUGGUGCGGUAGAGACUGUUAUUUUGCGCAUGUGUGAGGCAGACAACGUGAAAGAAAAAUACAAUAAUAUUUUUCAAUAAAUGCAUAAAUACAGUCCUCACAGGGUUUCCGAGGCCCACUAAUUAUAUAGUCAAGGUGCUCUGCAGAGCCCCAUUGAUAUGCCCACCGGUGCCCAACCAGUGCCCAAACAGCACUGAAUCAAACUCCAUCAGCUUCUUGCUGUCCUUCAUCCUCUUUUCAAACGGGAUCUCUUACAGGUAGCUUAUAUUUCCUCGGUUAAAAAGGAAUCCUUUUCAGGGGUUUCCACAUGGCCAAUGACAAGUAAUGCGCUAGACGCGCUCACUAGCCAUGUAAAUGACACCAAAUAGCAGACUCCCUGCCACAAGCGAAAAGAAGACGACAUUACCUUCCGAUUCUUUAAAUAUCAAACAUUGGCUCACCAAAUUAAAUCAGACCAAUAUUCGGCAGGCUAUUUGUACUGAUGAUCUUAUAACAAGACACGAGCCGGAGACACGCAUGAAAACCCUCCCCAAAUUUCCCAGAAAGGGGACGCAACCUAACAACCCCUCCAAUGCGACAUGCUUAUUACGCAUCGAAAUAUAUAUAAAUACGGGGACUCCUGCAACAUCUCUUCAAGGAUUGUGCUCCUUGGAUCCCGGGCGCUGGCGACUUUAAUGGCUUCUGUGUUCAGAAGAUGGAGAGUGUUCUUGGUGCUCAACGUGAUUGUGGUCGCAGGGUUCAUGGCCUUUUGGGCCAGGUGCAACACAAGCAGUGUCAAAGGCACCGGUCAGGACGUGUUAGGUGAUGGGAAGAGGCAGUCACGAACCAACAGCACAGCUCAAGGCUUCAUCACCCAUGAGGUGCUGCUGAAGAGACUGGGGUCAUUGGAGGAUGUGGUCUACAGACAGCUUAAUGGUCUGUCUAAGUCACUAGGCCUCACCGAGGGAUUUGGGGGGCGAGGGAAGGCAGGCCUACCUGCCACCCUGUCGCCAGAGGAGCAGAGCAAUGCCAAAGUCAUGAGAGAAAAGUAUGGCUACAACGCCUACCUGAGUGAUAAAAUCUCCCUGGACAGGAGCAUUCCUGACUACCGCCCCAACAAGUGUAAAAGGGCAGUCUACCCAAGGGACCUCCCCACAAUCUCCCUCGUUUUCAUCUUCGUCAAUGAGGCCCUGUCAGUGAUCCUGCGCUCUGUCCACUCAGCGGUCAAUCACACACCAGCCCACCUGCUUAAGGAGAUCAUCCUUGUCGACGACAACAGUGAUGAUGAACAACUGAAAGGCCCACUGGAAGACUACGUGAACAAGCGUUACCCAGGCCUCGUGAAAAUUGUGAGGAACCAGAGAAGGGAGGGGCUUAUCCGUGCACGUAUCGAGGGCUGGAAGGUUGCCAGUGGCGAGGUGGCUGGGUUUUUUGAUGCUCACGUUGAGUUUACACCCACCUGGGUUGAGCCGGUUUUGACCAGAAUCAAAGACGACCACAGGAGGAUAAUUCUGCCCUCCAUCGAUAACAUCAAGCAUGAAACAUUUGAGCUGGAACGCUAUGAGAACUCUGGCCACGGUUACAACUGGGAGCUGUGGUGCAUGUACAUCUCCCCACCCAGGAAGUGGUGGGACGAUGGGGACACCUCUGCUCCAAUUAGGACUCCUGCAAUGAUUGGCUGUUCCUUCGUGGCCAACCGGGAGUACUUUGGGGAGCUGGGACUGCUGGACUCUGGCAUGGACGUCUACGGAGGGGAGAAUAUAGAACUGGGGAUCAGGGUGUGGCUUUGUGGAGGCAGCAUGGAGGUGCUUCCCUGCUCCAGAGUGGCUCACAUUGCCAGGACCAAGAAGCCCUACGUCACCAACCUCGCCCUCCACACACGCCGCAAUGCCCUACGUGUAGCCGAGGUCUGGAUGGAUGACUUCAAGUCCAAUGUCUACAUGGCCUGGAACAUACCUAUGGAGAAUCAUGGGAUUGACAUUGGAGACAUUUCAGAGAGGGUAGAGUUAAGGAACAGGCUUCAUUGUAAACCAUUUAAGUGGUACCUGGACAAUGUCUACCCAGAGAUGAGGAGGUACAACAACACUCUCUACUACGGUGUGAUUCGUAAUGUCAAUGUGACUCAUCUGUGUUUGGACCAGGGAGAGAAAGAGAAUCACACCGCCAUUCUGCAUCCCUGUCAUGGACAGGGGCCUCAGUUGGGGCGUUAUACUAAGACUGGUGAGUUAUACCUGGGUGCCUUGGGCAGCACAGGAGAGGAGACACGCUGUCUGAUGGAUGAUAAGGUCAGCAGUUUCCCUCAACUCGUCAAAUGUGAAAGCGUCUUUGACUCCAAGCAGACUACCUGGCUCUUUACUCAGAAUGAGCCAAUCAGGAACAGAGCUACUGGUCGUUGUCUGGAGGUAGUGAAGGCCAAAGUCUACUUUGGGUACCUGCUGGUUCUUCAGACCUGCUCCGGCCAGAAGUGGACCAUAAAGAACACAGUGAAACACAGCCACACCUGACUAACUCACCCGUCAUUUGAAACCAAUAAAACAUUAGAUAGUGAAAUAACUUGCAAUAAA